GCAGGGUCUUGCUCUGACUCAAGCUGGUCUUGAACCUGUGAACCUGUGAGCUCAGGCAAUCCACUCACCUUGGCCUCCCAUAGUGCUAGGAUUACAGGUGUGAGCAACCAUGCCCAGCCUACAAUAUGGUUUUAAAUCUCUAAAGUCUCCAUGGCCAUGGGCUAAUUAAAUAUUUAAUCACGGGAAGUGAUUGGGAAAAGGAGUAAAAAGAGAAAUGUCAUUCUCAAGAGGUUCUCCCAGAUGAAUAGAUGAAGUUUAGGAAGGUAUUUUAUAUUUAGUUGUCACAGAAUUAAGGUUAAAGUACCAGCUAUUUUAAACCUUUUUUCUUCAGAGAAGAUAAACACAGGCUUUGCAAUCAGAACUAACUUUAAAUUUCAGCUUUGCUUCUAACUAGCUUAGUGGUCUAGGACAAGUUAUAUAAACUCUCUGUGCCUCGGUUUCCUCAUUUAUAAAAGAUAAUAUUUACCACGUAAGCUUAUUGUGAGGACUAAAUGUAAAAUGCUGAUCACAAACGACCGGCAGCCCAAUAGAUAUUAGCUAUAUAAUUGUUAUUUUUAUAAUGUUCUGCAGAAGUACACUAAUAAUUGUUGAGUAGAAUUAACCUAAAGGCAGAUUUUCUUUUCUCUCUUGCUAUUUCUCUCUUUUGUUUUGUUUGUUUGCUUUUAAGAAUGGAAAAGAAAAUCUGUUCCAGCAUUUUGGAAUACAAAUUUGUGUCAAAAUUAAUUUAUUCGUUUCACUGAUAUUUAAAUAAAAUGAUGUUUUCAACAAACAUUGAUUAAAUAUCUAGUAAAUUUCAGGCACAGGUAUGACAACGUCAAUAAGUUGUGGUCCCCACUCUCGAGGGGCUGACAGUCCAGGAGACUGACGAGUGCCCAGGUGAUUACAAGCACAGUAACAAAGGUUGUGAUGUGAUACAAAACUAUGAGUGCAAGUGUGUGCCAAGAAUUCCCUUCUCUCAGAUUUAUCCCUUUUUCUUUAGCUCUAAAGCCAAGAAUUUGGUCCAUUUUUUUCUUAAUCAGAUAAAUUAAACCACGGAUUUAAAAAAAUUUUCAAAAGAUGAAAGACAAACACCUCAGAUUAUGGAGGGUAACUGGCAUAAUAAACCUGGGUAGUUCCCAAAGGAAAAGUGCUUGGCAGAGUCUUAGGAUGAUUUAAGGGAAAAACAGAAAAUGUUUUUAUUUUUUUACCUACAAGUUUCAUACUAAAAAACGAAUAUAAACUCUUUGUGGAGUUACAUGUACAUUGAAAUGCAGGUAAUUUUAAUUCAAUUGCAUUUUUCAGAAUUCUCAAUCGUAAUCCUCUGACAACUGUUGAAGAUUCAUAUCUUUAUAAAUUGCCAGCAUUAAAAUAUCUAGACAUGGGAACAACACAAGCCCCACUUACAACAGUCGAGAACAUCCUCAUGACAACUCUUGAGUUGGAAAAACUUUGAAGAAGCAAGUGUAGGAAAUGCGGAGGGAGCGCUCAUGAAGGUAUUACAAGCCCGGAAGAAGCACACGAGCACCGAGCUGACCAUUGAGCCAGAGGUAUCCGCAAAUAAAAAUGGCGUCGGCUUGUCAGGCUUCAUGAGCGACCAGAUGGACUUCAAUGAUGAAAGCGCUGUCAUUAGUGCCCUUAAUUACAUAUUGCCUUAUUUCUCAGAGGGAAAUCUAGAAGAUGUAGAAUCGACAUUAUUACCAUUCAUUAAACUGCUUUUCUCAAAUGUGCAGGAAGGAGAGAAGCCCCUAACUCAUAUGAAAAACAAUACAAAGGCUCAGCCUCUUGAACCUGGACCCAGCAAUUCAGCUUACAAAAAUAAACUGAGGAAGCUCUAUGUCCUGGAAAAUUUGUUAGAUGCAGAAAUUCAAGAAAAAAUCGAUGAGGUUAAAAAGAAAGAAAAAACUGCCAUGCUUAUGCAGUCUGGCCUUUUAGGUCCCAAACUUAAACGCCAAAUCUUUCCCAAAAAAGUGGCAACUGCUGAAUCACAGGAAAAUAACCUGACAGAGAGUGAGAGUGGAGACAGGGGGCUGAAGAAAGUGAAGCUAUUCCUCAAAGGGCCCAAGCGCCUACGGAGAAAGCUCUUACAGGAGGCAAGAAUCAAGAGGAAACAGGGUACCUGGCCAACAGCGAAGAAAGUGGCCGAAGAAAGAAUGCUUGGGAAACCAAUCCCGAGUGAAAUGACCCAGUUUGACGUGGUGCAGAGGCCUCGGAAGUUUGUGGGAAGCUCCUUCCACCCCGAGCCUUCCUUCACGCAGACGCACAAGGCUGCGGUCUCUUCUGUCUUCAAACAGUAUAUUGGCAUGCCUUCUCCUUCUGCCACCUCAGAAUCCCUACCUGAGGUUAAAAAACAAUCAAAAGACAUGAGCGACACCAUUUUUGUUUUAGAAGAUGCAAAUGCUAGAGUUAAAAGUAUGGAAGCUGGUAAACCAAUUGUACAUUCUAGAAGAAAAUACCGCUUUCAUAAACCUCAUUCCCAUGUGGCCCACAGAACACCUGCGGCCAAACUAAGUCAAAAGUUUAGAAAAGAAACAGUGUUCCAUGGACAGAUGCCUGUCAACCGGCCUCCAUUCUGUGCAGUAAGGAGCCUUAUAAAUUCCCCGUCACAUGGGGUUUUUCCACCUUCAGAAGAGCUGAGUCCUCAGGAGAAUCCUUUUCCAGAAUUACUUGCUCCUUCAGAAUCUGUUACAGAAAUCACGACUGUAUCCCCUCUAGGAAAUGGUAUUGAAGAAAACAGUUUUAUGGAAAACACUGCUAUACCUGAAGAAACUAUCUCUGAAAGUACAAAUGAUAAGAAUCCUUCCACUAUAGAUUCCACUGGGACUGCGUUCUUAAUACCGACUGUCAAACAAAUCAGUGAAACUCUGUGGGAAUACCACAACACGGGCACUGACUUACCCAACAUGGAAAAAAGCUUCACGUACCCAUUGCUCACGUCCCCGGGUGAUCAAUUUGAAAUGCAGCUAAACCAGCAGCUCCGAUCCCUCAUCCCCAACAACGACGUGAGAAGGCUCAUUUCUCACGUUAUCCGGACUUUGAAAAUGGACUGCUCUGAGACCCAUGUGCAACUGGCCUGUGCCAAGCUCAUCUCUAGAACAGGUCUCCUGAUGAAGCUUCUGAGUGAGCAGCAAGAAGUAAAAGUAUCCAAGGCAGAAUGGGAUGCGGAUCAGUGGAAGACUGAGAACUACAUCAAGGAGAGCACAGAAGCCCAGGCUGAACAGAAAGAGCAGGAGUCAAGUGAGCUCACUAAAGGAGUUCCAGGAUAUGGCUAUAACAACAAACUCAUCUUGGCGGUAUCUGUGACUGUAAUAGUGAUGAUUUUGAUUAUAAUUUUCUGUUUUAUUGAGAUUUAUUCUCAUAGAAGAGCAGCAAGGACAGAUGUAGAAUCAGGCUCAGUCCCAAGGAGGGGCUUUUUUGAAUUUCUGCAUAGGAGAUGCUCAUCGCAGAGUGAAAGCCAGGAGGGCUUUUUCUGGUUAAGGUGUCCACUUUGGCUGAGGGAUAUGUACAGACCUCUCAAUGCCACACGCAAGAAAAACAUGGCCCAGAAGCUUCACGACAAGGAGUCUUCUGAUGAGGAAGAGAUUUACAAGAAGGAUGCAGGGGAGCCCCUAUCAACAGCAACACCUGUGGAUUCCGCUGCUGAAGGUGGUGAGGAAAGUGAGACCGCGCCAGAGGGGGAGGACUAAGAGUGAUCCAGCCUGCCUAAGGCCACCUGCAAACUGUAUUUUCUAAUGUUGGC